CUUCAAUUGGAGAAGACAGGAUAAAAUGGUUUGUUUAGUAUUGUAGUGUUGUCAUAAAAUUAUUUUAGUGAGUAGUGGCAGGUGCGUUAGUUGAAAUUUUGGACAGUGUACAUAUAUACAAGGAUGUUAACGAAAAGGGUAUUUGUGUGUUUACUUAUCACCUUGAACGUAAUUAUAUGCCAAAAAGACAGUGAUGAAGGUAGGCCUUAUGAGUUUGGAUUCACUAUUGAUGGACAGCAGCAUAGACAUGAGAAAAAAGAUCAAAAUGGUAUUAUCCAGGGAGAGUUUGGUUUCAUCACAGCUGAUGGAGUGUAUCAUGUUACUGUAUAUGCUACAGACGAAAAUGGAAAUUUUAAAAUUUUGAGCAUGAGGAAUAUUAGGAUAAGUGCUCCUCUUGAUGGUUCACCAGCUCUUGGUCCUAUCUCUCCAGAAGCAUCAAAAUAUCUAAAGAAAGCAGGUUUGCCUAGCCCUGCACCAUCAGCUCCGGCAGCUGCCCCUUCAAAACCGUUACCACCUGCUCCUCCAAAAUUUGAAAGGAUUCAAGAAGCUCCUCCUCCAUCAGCAAGUACCCAAAGGGCUCCAUACGUGUUCACUACCCAUAGUACAAUUAGACCUGCAUGCGCCGGCUGUGGUCUGAUAACAACACCGAAACCAGGAGAGAAAUUCAUGUUCCAGAAUCCUGCAUUUAGAAAUUCCCCAGAGGCAGGUGUCCCAGUUCCUAGUGGUCCACCUUUAUUAUCAAAUUCGAUUCCGAAUGGUAUAAUUGGUAAUGGUCCAGCUUCAUUGGCAAAUUCAGGAACCCCCGAUCUACGUUCUAGAUUCUCUGAGGUAGCUCCUGACGCAGAGGUAUUGCCACCUGGUUACAACAAUAGGAUUGUUCAGCCAUCUAACGAAAAACCAUCUCCAGCAUCAGAAAAAAUUCAAAGUUUUGUCAGUCCACAACAAAGUUUUGGUCCCAAUUUUAAAAGUCAAGAGGAUUCUGGUACACUUUCAGCUAUAUCUGAUAAUGGUAACGCAGGCUUUGUGAGACCCAUUGAAGUUCAAGGGCCACCAAGUUCUGUUAUUAAGAGUAAUGUCCAAUCAACUUAUCAGGCUGCGGGUAGAACUACAGAUGAUGGUAUUGAAACCUUUGGUGAUGUCAAAAUUGCACAAAAUAGAGGUGGGAAGUCUCUUGGAGGUUUCAGUAAUUUGCCACAAAUUAAUAAUAUACAAAACAUAAAUACACAGGAUAAUGGAUCACCUCAAAAUAUAAGAGGACCUGUUGAAAACAUCGAUGUCGCAGGUCAAGUUGAAACUGUAGGAAACAGAAAUAUAAACUCCCAAGAAAAUCUACCAAAUUAUCCACAGGAUAAAUUUGGCCGACUUUUGGCACCACCUAUUGGCAGCGGUCCUAAUCCACUACUACAACCUCAAGAAGUCGCUAAAUUGCCACCAGUGAUGGUUUCAGAUAAUGUCAUUCAUGUUAUGGGUAAAAAGCCGAUUGAUAUUGCUAUCAAGGACAAAUAUCCAGGAAUGGUGGAUGGUUUACCAAACGGAGUAGAGGUUAAAGAUGUGACCAACAUCCUUUAUAAAUUCAAAUACACCGUUGGCUUCCACGGUCACUAUGAAAAAGGUCUUAAGGAUGGAAGCAAAAUCGGAGGCUACUUCGUGAAUGGUAGAGAUGGCAUCAGCAGAAUCGUCACGUAUGUCGCAGAUGAAAAUGGCUUCAGACCGAAGUUUAAAUUUAUCAAUCUUGGACUAGACUCUCCCGAUACACCCAAUGAAAAAACUGAGAAGACUUUCGGUCUUAAAGAUUUUGAGUUUGUCUGGUAUCCUGUCGACUAAGAGAAGAUAUAGUUAUUAUUAUAAUUUAUUAAAUAUUAUAGUUAGAUUAUCUAAUUAUGUAAUAUAUUUUUAAAUAAGAAAUAUUUUUAUAUAAACA